AUGGCAAAGCCAACUAUCGUUAUGGUUCCUGGUGCAUGGCACAAGCCCCUCAUUUACUCCGAAGUCGCGCAAUCUCUCGAGAAGCACGGAUAUCCCACCGUCAGCCUUGCCUUACCCUCUGCCGGCGCCAAGCCAUCUCACCAAGACUUUAAUGGUGAUGAAGUUGUUCUUGUCGUUCACCCCUACACAGGUCUUCCCGGAGGCGAAGCUCCGAAGGGUCUCUCCAAGAAAGAUCAAGAAGCCAAAGGCUUGAAAGGUGGUCUCAUUAGAUAUGUAGUCAUGAAUGGGUUCGCAACUCCCCCAGGCUUUCAGGCGGCAGCGAAGGGUGAUUAUGCUAAAAUGCCUGACUGGAUGAAACUUGAUACCGAGAAUGAGGUUUUCGCUGUUGAGCCAGAAGACGCCAAGAGAAUCUUUCAUAACGACAUCUCGUCCGAAAAGGCCUAGAGAGAUACAAUAGAAUAAUAAUUAGUGAAUUUAAUCA